CGUCUGUACUUAAUCAAGCUUCCUCCUCAUGGAAACACUUGCUUACUUCCCUCGAUGCCUCAUCUUCUCUCUGCUCCUUUUUCUCUCUCAUUCUCCUCACCGUGUAUCAUCACACGAUCAAGUACAAAUAGAUGGUGAAAAGAAGAACUACUAUCAACUCGACCUGCCCUCGGUUUCCGGCCCCGAAAGCAUAGCCUUCGACUGCAACGGCCGAGGCCCCUAUGUUGGCGUCUCCGAUGGUAGAAUCCUCAGGUGGGAAGGAGCAGAGAUUGGAUGGACCGAGUUUGCUGUACCCUCAAUUAACAGAGAUAGGAAGGCGUGCGACGGGUCAACCGAUCCGAAAAGGGAACAGCUAUGCGGAAGACCUUUGGGCCUGAAAUUCAGCCCAGUGAGUUGCGAUCUCUACAUUGCAGAUGCCUAUUUCGGGCUUCUCUCCGUCGGCCCAAAUGGCGGAGCCGCCAGCCAACUGGCCACUUCCGCCGACGGGAUCCCUUUCCGGCUCACAAAUGCUCUCGACAUCGAUACUCAAACUGGCGAUGUUUAUUUCACGGACAGCAGCAUUUUCUUCCAACGACGGGAAUAUUUCUUGGCAAUCAUCGGAGGAGACAAAACCGGGAGGCUGCUGAAAUACGAUCCACAUAUGAAAAAAGUAACGGUGCUGCAGAAAGAGUUGGCAUUUCCAAACGGAGUGGCGCUGAGCAAGGACAAUUCCUUCGUUGUUGUGGCGGAAACAGGGAUGAUGAGAAUUCUGAAGUUUGAAAUUCAUGGGGAUGGCGGCGGAGUUUUCGCACAACUGGAGCGUUAUCCGGACAACAUAAAGAGAAACGAUCAAGGAGAAUUCUGGGUUGCACUGAAUGCAGUAAGAGGGAGAAUUCAGGGAUCAAAUGUAUUUGAUUCGAUUCCUAACUGGUUGAAUAUGAGAGAUCCUGUGGCAGUGAAAUAUGAUGAGAAGGGAAAUGUAGUUAGGGUAUUGGAUGGAGACGGAGGAGAAACACUUGAAUCGGUGAGCGAAGUGGAAGAGGAAAAUGGGGUUCUGUAUGUUGGGUCUGUGGUGAAGCCUUAUUUGGGUGUAAUUAAGAAUUAAUUACAUUGUCUUAAUGUAAUUUUUUUUAAUUAUA